AGAAGAAGAAAAAGAAGAAGAAGAAUGUUUUUUGAACGCGUCAUACACACGCGACCCAAACAAACCUUCCUUGGUAACGUUAGCUGGCUAAAUGUGGCCGUUAACCAUGAAUGGCUAUUUUAUUAGAAUGAAUGUAGUAUUUUAAGAGUGACAAUGAUCUCAGUAAGCUAUAUUCUGUUGUGCGGACAGUUCCUGAUGCUACUGACGGUGAUUCUUUUGCAAUGUCUGGAAGGAAUUCACUCCCAAAACUCAUCGACAACGGAUUCUCCUGUUGUUUCUCCUGGUCAGGGAGCUACAUUCAGCCAAAGUACGAAUUAUACAGAGCCCUUUGAGUACAACCCCCCGUCACCAGUAGUCCUCUGCAACUAUUUACCAGAGGAGUUCAUCUACUGUCAAGAUCCAGUAGAUCAUGCAGGCAACCACAGUGCCUUUCUGGAAAUGGGUCAUGGUUGUGUCGGAUGGGGUGGCCAGACUCAAAAAGAGGUGAACCACACACCAGUUUACUGCACUGCACUCGAUGAGAUAGAGUGUGCCGGACCAAGAGAAUUCCUCAGAGGAAACGUACCCUGCAUCAAGUAAGGGAUACCCUGCUGAACAGUUGUAGUUGUGCAAUCUA